UUAUCUGCGCUCAGCUUGAGUUAUUAAAGGCAGAAGCACAAAACUGUCAGUCCAGUCAGGGAAACCCUGAACAAACAGGGAGAUUCGCGGGUGAGCAAAGCUCCUAUUGCACAGGGACACCACUAAACUAAAAGAACAGCGCCUCUACAAACAUGACAACCACCAACGGGGCCAUAGAGAAUGGGCAACCGGAUAAAAAGCCCCCAUUGCUCCCCCGACCAAUUUCUAACCUGGAGAUCCAGCACCUACAGAUAUUUAUUAAUAACGAGUGGCACAAGUCAGUAAGUGGCAGGACUUUCGCCGUGUUUAACCCAGCCACGGGUAAGAAGAUAUGUGAAGUGGAGGAAGCAGAUAAGGCCGAUGUUGACAAGGCUGUUGAAGCUGCCCGUGCUGCAUUUCAGAGGGGCUCUGCAUGGAGAAGGUUGGAUGCCAAUGGCCGAGGGAGACUGCUGCACAAACUGGGAGACCUUUUGGAAAGGGAUAGAGUUCUGUUGGCUACUCUGGAAUCCAUGGACACUGGGAAACCCUUCCUGCAUGCCUUUCUUAUAGACUUGGAGGGCUGCAUACGGACCCUGCGUUACUUUGCUGGCUGGACUGACAAAAUACAGGGCAAGACAAUUCCUGUAGAUGACAGCUUUCUGUGCUUCACUGUACAUGAACCCAUUGGAGUAUGUGGGGCCAUUACACCUUGGAACUUUCCUCUGCUCAUGCUUAUCUGGAAGAUGGGCCCUGCUUUGUGCUGUGGCAACACUUUAGUCAUUAAGCCAGCAGAACAGACUCCCCUCACUUCUCUCCACAUCGGAUCAUUAAUCAAAGAGGCUGGCUUCCCUCCUGGAGUAGUCAAUAUAGUGCCAGGAUAUGGACCCACAGCUGGAUCUGCCAUCUCCCACCACCCUGACAUUGAUAAAAUUGCAUUCACUGGAUCCACAGAGGUUGGAAAACUGAUUAAGGAAGCCGCUUCUAGAAGUAAUCUGAAACGUGUCACUUUGGAGCUCGGAGGGAAAAAUCCCUGCAUCGUGUUUGCAGACUCUGACUUAGAGCUGGCUGUAGAAUGUGCUCAUCAAGGAGUCUUCUUCAACCAAGGUCAGUGCUGCACAGCCGCUUCACGUGUCUUUGUGGAAGAGUCCAUUUACCCAGAGUUUGUGAGACGCAGUAUAGAACAUGCCAAGAGGCGCUUUGUAGGGGACCCUUUUGACCCCAGAACUGAACAAGGACCACAGAUUGAUCAGGACCAGUUUGAUAAGAUUUUGGAACUGAUACAGAGUGGUAAGGAGGAAGGAGCUAAGCUGGAAUGUGGGGGCUCAGCUGUCGGGGAGAGAGGAUUUUUCAUUAAACCCACAGUAUUUUCUGAAGUCACUGAUGACAUGAGGAUAGCAAAAGAGGAGAUUUUUGGGCCAGUUCAAUCGAUCCUGAAAUUCAGAUGCCUGGAAGAUGUAAUAAAGAGAGCAAAUAGCUUGGAGUAUGGAUUGACAGCUGCUGUGUUUACCAGGAGUCUGGAUAAAGCACUGACUGUUGCCUCAGCCCUGCAGUCUGGCACAGUAUGGGUCAACUGUUACAAUGCUCUGCACACACAGACUCCAUUUGGAGGAUUCAAGAUGUCUGGAAAUGGAAGGGAACUGGGGGAGUAUGCUCUGGCAGAAUACACAGAGGUUAAAACAAUCACUAUUAAAUUAUCACAGAAGAACCACUGAAAAGAAAGCAGCAACCGGAACACAAAAUGGAUGAGGACUGAAAAGGAAUGCCAGUAAUCCUAUCAGAAUACAGCUAGAGAUUUGUGACAAAAGGAAUUCCAUGUGUUUGUGUCAGAGAAAAGUUUUCAAUUGCCUACAUUAGGAGUAGUUAAAUUCAGCAUUUACCUUUCUUGUUAGCAAAACCUUCAGUGAACCGUUUCCACUACCUAACCCUAGUUCCUGCUGUUAUUGUUUUCAGCCAUGUUUGCCUUUGUCAUAGAGCAAGUGCAGCGCUUCACACUGAAUACUGUGCAUGGACAGGACAUGCACAAUUGCCCAUGACUCAGGUCUGGACUGGGAGUCAAAAUAGGUCCUGGCAUUUUAAGUACAUUUUACCCCAAACAGCCCCCCACCAGCCCAAUAAAUAGUGACAGUCUGUGGUAUGUUACAGCAGCCCCUCUGGCAUUUGCCAGAAUCUACAUAUUGCCAGUCUGAGCUUGCUGUGAGUGCAGGUUGUGUUGAAGGCCUGUCUCAGCACUCACCUGGGAAAGCCCACUGGGACCAGUAGUGUUCAAGAAUCUCUGUCUUCUGAAUGCAGAAACGACAAUAACAUCUCUUAUGUAAAGAUCUUUGAACAAAUAUUUAAACAAAUGUUUUUGUUAAUUAUACAAAGAAAAAUGGUCCGUGUGGACAUUUUAAGGGCUGCUGUAAAGGCAUAAUUUUCUAUGUGCACGGGGAAUUCCUGCUCAGUGUAAAUCCAUUUGUAGUUAGGGGUAGGAAUAGAAAAGAUUACUUCAGUCAGCAUCAUUAGGGCAAUGUCAUAUGGGGGAAUUUCAAAGGUGUUUUGAGAAAUCCAGCUUUUUGGGCAGAUGGCAAAAUGCUCACUAUUGCCCCCCACAGGCAGGUGAUAAUGACUUCACAUUGUUGUUGCCCUUGCAGGCAAAAUGCUGCGGGAGAGCUAUGUGUUGAAGAUAGUUUCUGUGUAAACAUCACUGGUACAACACUGGUAUACAUACAUACAUACAUACAUACAUAAUCAGGCAAUGUAGAGCACUGGGCCUAUAAUGGGAUGGCAUGUAGGGCUCAUGCAGUGCCACAAUGCUGUUCUCAGACAAUAGAUUAUUACACUCACCCAAAUAAUACCUGAAUGAACCCAGAUUACAUAUCAGUUUCGGUAAGUAAUGGUUUAUAGCCAGACAAAAAGAUGCCAGUUCAGUCAAAAGUAGCCAAUUCUUGAGCAAAUGCCUGCUUAAAUAUGGGCGCCUUAUGGAAAUCUAGCUCUGGUCAUAGAUAUACAUGUGAAUGGGUCUUUGGUAAGCCAUAUGUGUCUGGGCAAGUAGCUAAAUGGUGCUGCCGUAGCUUUGGGUCACUCUGGAGAUUUAGACUGCUGCCACAUCAAUCCUACAACAUCGGCUGCAAACGUUGUUCACUCUUCAUCUCCCAAGAGAUAGAGUAUCUUUCUGCUAACAGACACAGACAUGCAUCUGACAAAGUGUAUUUGUUGUAGCUUUUUGAGGUCUAUUAAAAGGCAAAGUCUUGUGUAAAUUGAAGGGGUUUGAUGUGGGCUCCCUGUAUCAGCAACACAAUUCUAUCAAUGAUAGAUGAUGAUGAGAAUCAGAACAGGGGAGGUAUCAAAUUGUAGACAGGAGAGGUAAGAGUAAAAAUGGUUGAAUAAAAAACAUGUAAUGAUAUUCAGUGUAAUAGUAAUGUCUUAUAUUUAGAUGUGUAAGAGAAUCUCAUAUAUCAUGUACUGUGUGUAAUGCAGGGAGUAGGUCUAGAUCAUAUUCCCCAGUUUCAAAAAUCAGGAACAAAGAAUAGAAUAAAAGAGCUGCUGAGCAUUAUCAAUCCUUUUGCAUCUUAAUUGAUCUCAUUCCUUGUUUAGCUCUCCCACAUCCUGUGCCCUGGUACUUUCAUAGUGAGCAAAGAGUAAAUACAUCAUUUUCAUUACAGCACAUAUUUAUAGAGACCCAUGAGAAAGGCCAGAUUUUUCUUCUCUGCCACUGAUUAUUUUGUGAACUUGAAAUCUGCUUUUUCUGUUUUUGUUUUUCUCAUCUAAGGGGAUUGGGGUGUUUAUAACUGAUUUUCAGCCUCUAAUGUGGUAAAAUGAUGAUGAAACAUAUUACUAACUGGACACAAUUAUUUUAUAUUGUAAUGAACUAGACUUUUUUAUUACCAUUUUUUUAAUGACCCACUAAAGUUAAAAUAUAUAUAAAUAUAUUUAUGGAGUAGAAAGCAGUUAAUCAGACAUUUUCGAUUUUUAUUUUUUUGUAUUUUCGUAGCACAAAGUAUUUUAAUUUGUUUAUAUAUAAAUGCUUAAACCUCAUGUACAUAAUUUAGAAGACAAUCUUUUUUAUAAUAACAAUCGAUAUUUACAGCUUUUAAUAAAAUGUUAAAAAUGCACUGUGA